AUGAUCGUCCUGGGUAAUCCAACAACAAGUGAAAAACUAAAAUGGAAGGAGAUGGCAGACGAUCAAAAUGUUGCACUUAGUAUAUUGGAAGAUAAUUAUUAUCCAUUUCACGACUAUUAUUUUCAUGCACGUAAUGAUAAUGAUGAACCAACAAUAGACCUAGAACAAUUAAUUACCAUUUUUGUUAUCAAACAAUUCUGGGAUCAUAUUAAAGAAGCAAUUAUUCCUUAUAUUGUUUCAAAUACUCGUUUAUCUUUUUUGAUGCAAUUAAGUAAAAAAGAACACACAAAAUAUACAGAACGAAAAGAUCUUAAUGAUGAACUUAAACGUAUUCUUGAUCAAUGGAAUACUUCGAAACAAACAAAACCUGUCGAUGAUAUUCUUAUUGAUUCUUCAUUUAAUCCACGUGAUACUAUACCUAGUUUUGAAACAUUAUCAUUAUCGCAAGCUGAAAUUGAAUGUUUACAACCUAAAUGGCCUGAUUUAUAUGAAGAUUAUCUUGAAUUAGUUAUUCAAUUUGGUUACAUUAUAUUUUUAUCAACAUUAUUUCCUCUUGCAGCAUUCUUUUCUUUGAUAAAUAAUAUACUUGAAAUACGUACUGAUGCAUUUAAAUUAUGUAUGAUUUAUCAAAGACCUUUUUCACAACGGGUUAAAGAUAUUGGUCAUUGGCAGAAAAUUAUGGAAUAUAUGAUUGUAGCAGCAAUUAUUGUUAAUUGUAUAUUUUGUUCAAUUCGUGGAGUUUUUCGACGAUUAGUACCAAGACUUCCAUUUGCUGCAGAAAUUUUUCUACUUAUUUGUAUUGAACAUUUAUUAGUUUUAUUUUGUAAAAUAAUUCGUUCAAGUAUUGAAAAUGUGCCUUAUUGGGUUCGAGUCGAAAAAGCUAAGAUGGAAUAUCGGCGACGUGAAGCACUUAAAAAACUCGAAUGUGAUGCAUUGCAUCUUAAAGAAACUCAUUGCCAUGUUAAUGAACAAUAA